AUGAAUAGUCCACUCAACAUGGUCAAUUCAAGUUUUACUCUGGAAUUAUGGAUAAAUAUAAAGUCAUAUACAUCAUCCUGGUGGCUCGGAAUUAUGGGACAAUGCUGGAGUCAAGUAGACAAUCAAUGUCUUCACAUCGCAACUCGUAACAAGGCGCCUUAUUUCGGGUUUUUUAACAACAAUUGUAGUGGUACUACACAAUUAAAAGUGGCAACUUGGUAUCAUUUAUCGUUUGUAUAUGAUGCUGUGAAUAAUCAACAGUUGAUUUAUUUGAAUGGUGUACUAGAAUGUAUGAGAAGUUCAGUUGAUCCUUUACUGAUAACUGCGCCUAUUCUACCGGUUACACUUGGUAUGAUUACGUUAAAUGCAAAUUUUUACUUCAAUGGGAUGUUAGAUCAAAUUUCGUUUACUAAUCAAGUUAAAAAUAAACGAACAAUUUUACGAGAUGCGAUGCUAAUUACUCAAUAUUCAUUCGAUUAUAAUUCUUCAAUUGAUUUCGGAUCUAAUCAAAUUAAUGGUUCAACUUUGAACGUUUCCUAUAUUACAGACGGUCGAAGAUUUAGUUCUUUUAGGCGUAAACCUAAUAAACCCUUUUCUAUAUUCAUGUGGCUUCGACCAUCAUCAUCGAACAACACUGGAAUCAUAGUCUAUCUUGACACUCAAUCUGUUAGUAAUUGGUGUAUGCCAAUAUUAAGUUUUACAGUAUCAGUCGGCGUAUGGACACAUGUUGUUUAUGUUUAUUCUACUGCCCGUCGACUGCUUCUCUACGUCAAUGGUACAUAUACAUCACCAACAGUAAUUUUCUCAUACAAUACUCCAAAUAGUCCGAUUAACUUGUAUAUAGGCAAUUGGCCAUUAGGCAAUCAAUGUCAUUGCUCAAUGAGAUCGAUAGUUCCAAAGCAAUAUCAUGGCGCAAUAGAUGAGUUUCAAGUUUAUUCCCAACAAUUGUCAGUAAAUAACAUUGAAAAUAUGAGUGAUUUAUCCAAAACCUAA